GAUUGUGAAGAAUCAGCAUUCUGGUGGUGGCAGCCCCCAACCCCCUGACUUCCCCAUUGGUGAAGCCUUCUAAAAAAACGGAAGCAGGCGCUACCAUUUUGAAACACGGCACUGCUUAGCUCCACUAUGGACAAGAGCAACACGGUGAAGCUCUUCGUGGGCAACCUGGCUCUAGACACCACCCAGGAGGAGCUGUCGGCCAUCUUUGAGGCGUACGGCCAGGUGGUCAGUUGCAGCGUUCUCCGACAGUUCGCCUUCGUACACCUACAGGGUGAGGGUGCUGCGGAGCGGGCCAUCAGGGAGCUGAACGGCAGGGAGUUCCGGGGGAGGAACCUGGUGGUGGAGGAGUCCCGGGGCAGACCGCUCCACUCCACCAAGGUGUUUGUGGGGAACCUGUCGGGCAUGUGCACCACCGAGGACCUCCAGGAGCUCUUCCAGACCUUUGGUAAAGUGCUGGAGUGCGACAAAGUCAAAGCCAGGCUCUCCUCUUCUGCAGGCUACGCCUUCGUGCACAUGGAGAACAAGGAGGAGGCUCUUCAGGCCAUCGAGGCCCUCCACGGCACCUCCUUCAAGGGACGCCCGCUCUCCGUGGAACUCUCCAAGGUGCAGCCCUCCAAGCAGACCCCGACGGGGAAGAUCCCCUGUGUGAGCUGUGGGAAGCAGGGCCACUAUGCCGGGGAGUGCCCUGUAGGGAAGUCCUCUCUGGAACAGUACCAGAGCCAGGCAGCUGUGUUAGCUGCAGCUGCCGCCGCCGCAGCCGGCCUGCCCCUCCAGGUCCAGCAAAGCGUCCACAACUCUGUCUACAACACCUCGACCUUUGACCCCACCUACGCGGCGUUGACGGGCCUCACCACCGGCACGCGGGCGGAAGGAAACCCCGUCAACCAGGCGGUGUAUGGUGCCCUGGCAACGCAGGUCUACGGCGCUAACGUGGCCAAUCAGCUCUAUGGGGUCCAGGCAGCCAAUCAGGCGGCAGCGUUGACGCAGGCGGGCGCCACGCAGGUGUACGCCAGCUCCAUGAACCCCAGCCACGCCGCUCUCUACGGUCAGCUCAGUCAGAUUGCCGCCAGCCCCGCCGCAGCAUCCGCUGCCGCUGCCUACUCCACGCCAGUUUACGCGCAUGCCAUGGCUAACCACCACCACCCGGGGGCCAUCUACCUGGCUGCACCUGGCGUAGAGAUGCCUGCGGCCGCCGCAGCAGUCAACCAGGCCUACGCCAUGGCGCCGGCGCUCUAUGGGGGCGCCCAGCAUGCCUACGGCCACUUGGGGAUGGGUGCCGCCAUGAGCGCAUCGGCAGACCCGUCGGCGGCCAUCUUUGAAGCGGCGAGGGUUCAGCACUACUUCGCCCAGGGACAGCAGGUUCUGGCCGAGCAGCAGAACGCGGCGGCAGUGGCUGCGGCACAAGCGGCAAAGUCUGGAGAGCGGGACCGGAGUCCCCUGAGGCGCUCUGCGGGGUCCCUGCUGCCCGAUCCCGUCAUGAAGCCCUUCAUGUACCAGAGAGCCCCCAAACAGCGCCGGCCGCUGCUCCCCACCCCCGCCGGGCGAGCUGCAGAGGAAGCAGCGGAGGCUGGAGAGGACCCCAUGGCUAGAGAGCAGUGCCAACAGUACGCUGAAUACAACCACCAGCAGUACCAGCAGCUCCAGCACUUACAAGAGCAGUACCAACAGUAUGCUGAGUACUACCACCAGCAGCACCAACAGCACCAGCAGCUCCAGCAGCUACAGUACUAUGCAGAGUACUACCAGCAGUACCAGCAGUACCAGCAACUCCAGCAGUACCAGCAACUCCAACAGUACCAGCAACUCCAACAGCUCCAGUACGCCUACCCGCCUCCCAACCACCACGCCAUGGCUGCCAUCCCUGCCCACGCCAUGGCGGGCCACGCCCACCACCACGGCCAACCGGCCCACGUCACGGCGCUGGACGCCGCCCUCAGGCCAGUGGUGCCCGCCGCCGCCAUGGUGGCAGCGCCCAGAGUGUAUGAGCCGCCGCUGCCGCCGCCACCGAACCGCAAGGAGGCCGUCCUCCGCCGAGCCCCCGAACUCUCCCUUCACACGCCUGAGCCCCCCUUCAGAUAGUCACCUCCCUCGUACCCCUCCUCUGUUUCCCCCCCGCCUACCACUGUAUACCACCCUCGUACCCCUCCUCACUCUCAGCGGCUGUGUGUGUCUGUGUAUAUCUGUGUGUGUGGGUAUAUGUGUGUGUACUGUGGCGGUGGGGAUGUGUGUGUGUGAGAGUGUGUUUGGAGUUUAGGAGUUGUCCUUUGACUACAGUAAAAACCCAACCCCAACUUGGUCCUGGUACCACACUAACAGUGCAGUUAAAGAAGGGAAGACAUUCUGUCAUCUUACCACCACACAAUGUUUAGCUAUUGACUCUCUCAAUGGUAGACAGGUGCCAGUAGCAGACAGUCAAUGCCUUCAACAUAGAGAUGAGGUCAAAAAUAUCACAACCGAUUCUUGUACAGUCUGCGCUGUGGUGUGUUGCGUAGCUCCAGGGUUGGAGGGGUCUGUGUGUCUUGUACGCGUCGGGACUGUGGUGCGAGUGUGUGUGUGGGAGUGGGAGAGUGACGUUGGCUUUCUGUUGUUACGAUGUAAUACACACACUCCCACACGUGCUGCCUUGUUCCCUCAUGAGCUCACCCCGGGGAGAUUCGAGGAACAUAGGCACACUGUACUAUAUGAAACUACCCUCUACCUCUCCAACCCCCUCCUUCCCUCACACCGCUGUAACCCCAACACUGAAAGACACUGCUGCAUUUCUGCCCGUAUUUACUCUGUCUAUACCUUAGCCUGGGUAAACCAAAUGAGAUGCCGGGAUCACCACGGGAACAGUAGAGAGUUUAACAUUCAGUCUCUCUAUACCUACCUCUGACAAUGAGAGCACUGAGGUUAGCUGGUUAGAAUAUGAAUGGUCUGCCUUCUAUCCAUACAUUUUAUCAGCCAGUGUCAGUUGCAGGGUUGGGGGUCCAUUUUAAUCAAAUUCAGCUUAAUUUAAAGUGGAAUUGACCCCAUCCCUGGUCAAUAGUUUGGAGAAGAAUGACACGUUUUAGGGACAACGUUUUCUAUGUACUGUACUACUAGAGUCUUACUGCAUCAGUGCAUCUUGAGAGGCCUUUUAAAGUAUGAAAUAUUUGAGCUUAGUUUUUUUUGUAAUGUAAGUGGUUGUCGGGUCGAUGAAGAGUACAUUCUAACCCCUCAGAUCAAGUAUGAAUUAUUUUAUGGAUUUAUAAGUAAGUUAACUUUUUAGACUUGCUAGAGAAUCAUGAGUUUCAAUGAGGUUUAAAGGAAAACUCCACCCAAAAACUAUAUUUUGGUGUUUGUUUCAUGAAUCCAUUUUCAACGAUAUGUAACUUUCAAAAUACAGGUCAUCCCUGUAUGAUCCAUUUAGCAUCAUAUGAUGCGGCGUUUUGAAAGUUACAUAUCUCGAUUGCUGACAAGCAAAACAUUUUGGGACUAUGUCAACAGCGGACUAAUGAAACAAACACCAAAAUGUUGUUUUUGGGUGGGAAUUCCCCUUUAACGUUGUGCCUAAGCUUUGUGUGAAGUGCGAAUAGCGGAGGGAAGAACUCCUUUUUAAGGGGCUUUUUUCCCCCUUACAUGUCAGUCUCUUUAAUCUGCGAUGGAGGGAAAGGGGUUAGGAUAAUGUGGUGCGGUAACGUUCACACCGAUGAUGAUAUGGUGAUGAGAGAUGGAGCAGUAUCUUUCAGUCUCCCUGUUCCGACGUAUCCUUGCACCCCGCUGUAAGACGACUCACUACCCCCGUAACCCGCUGUGUCCUUCCUCUUCUCCCUGUGAUUUUAGUGACUUACUAUUUUAUCUUGCAUAUAAUCUCUCUGUCUCACACACACACACACACACCCACACACACACACACCAAGUUUCGUCUGUGGGAUCUCGACGAUCAGGAAAAAAAACACCCUUUCUUGUUAUGCUUGUUGCUUGCCUUGUUUCUGACCGUAUUUUUAGAACUAUUUAAAAUAUUUCUUUUUUUUUAACAAAAAGGAAAAAGGCAUGCUUUUUAAUAUGUAUACUACACAUACCCAGCAUUUAAAAAAUAAAGAAUGUUUCUGACUACUGUGAGGAAAAGAAAAAACUGCGUUUCGGAUGUAUUUCCCCGUUCUUGUUUUUCCGUCGUCUUUUUGUACUCCUUCCCGUCUCUCCUUCCUUGUUGUAAUGACCAGACCCAUAUCUAGUCUGGCUCGUGGAUGGGGUAAGUCUGGUCUGGGGUCAGCGCUCCUCUCUCCAGCCUCACCCAAACUCUAGGCCUAUAGCGCAGUCAGACAGACCCUGGGUGCGUGCCAAUAAUAUAUAUUUUCUCCUCAACUGUGCACUUGUUCACAUCCCUUUACUGUUGCGAGAGGAAAUGACUGAAAUGAGGAUGUUUUUAUGGUGCCAACUCCUAGGCCAGUUGUAUUCAACUCUGACCCUACGAGGUCCGGAUCCUGCUUGUGUUCUAUUCUACCUGAUCAUUAAUUGCACCCGCCUGGUGUCCCAGGUCUAAAUCAGGCUUUGACAUCCAGAGUUAAGUUUGAGGGUUCUAGGCCAUGUCUCUGCUAAUCCUAUGUCUUUAACAUAUGUGGGAAGUUGUGAACAAGUGUAUACUUCAGGAGGAAAGAGACCUGGGACAAUACCCCUCACAGGUACAUCAACAAGGCAUCUACUGUGUUACCCUGCUGUUACCAUGCGCUCAUGUCUGAAAACAGCUUCCGUCACCUCUGAUCUUUUUGAUUUCCACUUCGUGCCAAACUAGUGUCGAUUUCAUGCCAUUUUAAUUGCAGAGUCAAUGUUGAGUAGAGUGGCGCGCAAUACUUGCUUGCAGAUGACUCCUUGUUUUAACAAUGGGUGGACAAACACAAACAUCAGAGACCUGGGGAGAGGCACACAGAUAGAAUGACUGUGGGGGGGUUGCUGUGUGUCUGCUCCUACCCAACAACCUCACCACCAACACCAUGUGUCUGUCUCUGCUGUGUUAGAUGUGCAUGUCACUCUGCUCUCUGUCCAAAGCCUCGUACAUACUGACCUACUAUUCCAACUGAAAUAGGUACCGGCCGCCCAGACACCACCCAGCAGGUGUGAGGUGAGAGGGGGAAGACAAUAAACGUCGCGCAGGCAAAUGGGAAGUGGGAACUCAAUCUUCUCCACCAAGGUAAUGAAACAGCACUGUCCCCCUCUCUGACUGUGCCUUGACCGAAACACCCCUCCCCCCUCCUCGUCCGCCAUCACCACCCCACCCCCCCUCUGUAGCUCCCCUCACCUGCGUUGACAUUGCCCGGGGGGCUUCUUUUGGGGGUCACUGCUCACGCUGUGAUGUCUUCUACCAGACUUCCAGUGACUUGUCCUGUCUCUCACCAUGCAGCACCUACAGUGACUGGGCUGUCAGUCUCUCUCUGUCGUGCUGAUGUGUGUCUGAGAGAGACUGUGUGUGUGUGUGUGUGACUGACUGUGACUACAUGUUUGAGAGCCAGAGACCGUGUGUGUAGUUUAAAGAGUGAGUGAGUGUGUCACUGAAUCUCCGUGUCUGAGAGUGUGUGUGUGUGAUGUCAUUGGUGUUUUGAGGCUUGGUACAUGUGGAUCCCCCGCCCCCGCUAGUGACUCCUACACCGCCGUAUUCGCCGCCCCUCCCCCCAACCCAUCCCCCUCUGCGCCUGUCCGCCGUACACAGCUUGCUGCCGCCGCCGCCUGCCGCCAUCUUGGAUCUAGGCUGGGCUCUGUGGAUCAGCAGCCCCCGACUGGCCACACCCACCCCUGGCUAUGGCUAUAACCAUAGAGACCUAGUGAAUGACAAUGGACACCGUGUAUGGUGGCCUAGUGGGGUCACACGGCUGGACAGAGUAUAAACUCAUCAGAGACUUUGUAGGGCGAGAGUUUUUUUGCUUUGCUAAAACUGUGAUGCUGGGUUUGCCAUGGCUGUGUAUGGGAGUUUAAUCACUAUUCACCACCUCCUUGCAGUUGAAUGACUCAAGUCAAACUUAUCUAAUUAAAUCCGAUAAACUGACCUUGCUCUGGAGGAUAACAUUUGGAAUAGGUUUUUUAACAGCGAGUUCCCUAUGGCCCUCUCGCCCUAUCAAAAACGUCCUAUAAGACAGACCGGCCCAGUAAGGGCCCAACUACCUGCAGAUUCACUGUAAUCUCAGGACUCCUAUAGGACUUCUUUGGUAUGGGGACUAUUUCUCUCGAGGUAGCUUCUGUCCCUACACCAACCCUCUGUACCUGUGGGUUGCAAUGCGUGUAUCUGAAUCUCCUCCUCCUGUUGAGAUGAUUGAAUACACACACACCCACUCAUCUGAGGUGUCCGGCAUGUGGUCUGAACAGCUGAGUAGUGCAUUGCCCGUGGGGGGCAGAGACGAGAGUCCCCACUCUGUCUUAUGAAUGAAGUUAAGGAAAGGAUGGAUGGAUGGAAGGAAGGUGAGUUGGUAAUGUAGGGAUCUCCAGCUCUGAUCCAUCCCUGUUCCCUAACUCUUCUAUCCUGACCAUGGGGGGCCCUACACGAAAGUCAUAAACACUGGUGCUGCACAAAAUAAACUCAGUAGUCUACCACUGCACCAGAUGGUUUUUGAUGCGUUUUGGGGGGUAAUCGAUACAAAUCCCCCCUUAAGGUUCACCAAAAUACAACUGAUUCUUCGAUCUCCAUGAUCAGGAUGUGAUGCUCUUUCCCACACAGUCACCUCUCACUGACCUGGAUGUGUGGAGUCUGACUCUCUCUGGUGUUUGAGUAAAUGUAGCCAGCCAUGAAGUUCUCCUGGUCUGCUCCCUAUUGGCUCACACUGACUGACAACCUCAUGGCUGCUCCCUCUCUCUUCACAGCACAGGACAGGGAAGCCAUCAAUGCUGCCUUACACAUAGAAACUCAAAGUAUACCAUGUCUCCAAUACCAAUCCCAUGGUUUUAAAUCCUCACGGAGUGAACGAGUGCACAUUUCAAAGGGAGGGGACAGAAUUGGAAUUGGGCCACAGUUUUGCGCCCUGGGUCGACACCCAAGUCUACUGUCGUUCACACUUAAUAACGUUGUUGCCUAAAUGCUACCUAGUCACAUCAAAUAUUAUAUUCUCACAAUCAAGAACUUACUUGUAACUAUGCUGUAACUAAGUUGACUUAAUUGAGAAUCUGGGCCCAGUCAAGUGAGGUUACAGUGUAAUGGUGUGUGAUUACAUGUGGUUAGGGAAGAAGCUAUAUAUAGACUUACAGUAUAAAGGCAGCUUGAUGUAGUGCUAGCUCUUAUUGUUAUCUAAUACCUAUGAUCUUACUCUGAGGCCUUUCAUUUCUCUUGGUGUUGGAGGAGACAUUUUUAGGGAGAAAGAGCAUCUUUGUACACCAAACUGGAUUGUUGUGGUGAUGUUUUGCAAUGGAUCGAUGUUGAGUCAUUUAUUACUUUAAGCACAUUUAUAGGAAAAACUAAAACAAAGAAUCAGCAUGCUUGACGGAGAUGAAGGGGGACAUUUCCACGGUGCAAAAUGGUUCACAUCUGUCAAAAGAAAAACCCUAAAACUCAUUAUAAUCUGGCAGUGUGAUUUUAAUUUGACAUUGUUCUUCAAUGUGCGUUAUAAGAAAGUGCAUAAACUAGUUUACUAUACUAAGCAAGGCAUGAACAGUGGCCUUUUUAUAACGCGCAUUGCUGAAUAAGUGUCCAAUUAAAUCACACUUCCAGAUGAUGAGUUUUAAAGGAUUUUUGCACCAUGAAAAUGUUGCCCAUAAUGUAUUAUGACUAAUGAAUAACCCCAAUUGACUAUAAUGUAUACUCCCUUUCUCCUUGCCUUGCUUAUGUCUUGAGGCACUGUACCGUCUGCAUGGCAUUCCCAAAUAAAUGAGUUUUUGAAAUAAA